AUGCGUUCUCUCACCCUCUUUGUCGCUACCCUGGUCUCAGUCUUCACCAGCGUUGCGUAUGCGCACUGGCAGGACACGAACAUCACGGAGGUCAAACUGGCAUUUGAAGAGGCCCACAUACCUGAAGAUGUCGGGUUAUCAUUCAACCCACUAGUCCUCCUCGGCGUGACAUACUUCUCCUCCAAAACGGGGCUAAUCCCUGUCAAAGCCGGCGCCGAGCUCUCCAUGAACGACACCUACUCUCCCCCCACAUUCAACAUUGUCGGCAACCCAGGCGUCGGCCCGCUCGUCAUCUUCCUGAUCGACCCGGAUGCACCAUGGCCGCAAGACCCCUCUCGCGCCCAGGCCCGUCACUUUAUGGGCGGCUCGUACUACUGGGACCCCGAGUCGGGCGUCCUGACAGAGAUCUUCCCGCCGCUUAACCUGUAUGACCACCCGCGGCCGGCGAAAGGAUCUGCUCGUCAUCGAUACGUUUUCUAUGCGUUCAAACAGUCUGUUGAGCUGUCUCUUCAAAAGACUAUCACCGCGACAAGCUCUCGACUCAACUUCAACCUGAGCGACUUUGCACGCGAGACCAACCUCGGAGACCCGAUCGGAGGGACCUUCAUGUGGAUAAGCCCCGACCCAUAG